AUGGCGGGAAAAGAGGAUCCGACGGAGGAUUCCCUCGCGGUUACGCCGGCGGACAAUAAGGCCGCUACCGACCCCGCCCCCACCCUCGACGACUACAGCACCCGCGAUCCCGUGAAGCUGAAGCGCCUUCAGGAGGAGAUCGAGUGGUUGCAGGCCGAGCAGGACGAGUUCUUCCCGUUCCAAGCUUGGGCCCGCGACGAGUUGGACAAGCAUGGCCGCGUCAUGGUUCCUGCGGGCGAGGUUAGCCCUGGCCAGUUUCAGGAAGCCAUUAACGAAUAUUGGUAUGGUCUGCUUGAGGAGUAUGACAAUGGUGGUCAUUCGAAAACUGAGGUUGAGGCUGCCGUGCCAUCCAACUGA